UCCCACUAUUAUAUAAGAAGGACAUAGUAGUCAAUUUAUAUAAACUACAUUUUCCAUCCUCCCAUUUUUCUCUCCAACCAAACAAAAAAGUUUUCCACUCUCCUACUUUUCCACCUCUCUAACCAAACACACAUGAGGGAAAAUCAAAUCUUUUCUAUUCUCCCAUUAAUUUUCCAUCUUCCCACUUUUCCACUUUUCCAACCAAACGGACCCUAAAUGUCCGUAAAAUCUAGUAGGGUGCCAAACAACACCCUCCUGCUUUACCAGAGCAUCAAUAUGAUGUGGUGAAGAUGUUUGAACAUCUACCUCCACAUUAUCUCGUUAGAUAAGAGAUGAACCACCGCCCAAACCAAUCCUUGACACUGCGAAAACCAUUUCCUAACAUCCAAUUUCCUCUUCACUUUGUGAAACCCGUCCAUGUCCAAGCGAGUUUCAAACAGAAAAAGAAACCUUGGGACCUUCUUUAUUUACCAAACAACAAAGUUCUUAAACUGCUUCUACGAUCCCAAGCACGCGACAGUUAAGACUUAAAAUUAUCAUGGUGGAGGAGAGGCUAAAGGAGUACCCCCAGCAAUAGAAUGAGGUAUACUCAGGCUAUCCGUACUAAGAAUUUGCUUCUUGUGAACAUGGGAAUCUAGAGAAGAAUACUUUGAAGAUGUACGUUUUGCCGAGCAUGGAGGAUUAGAGAUUGGCUCCUACCUAAAUUCUUAGUUGCUGGAGAAGAGUUGUAUUGAAACUACACUCCUUAGAAAUAGGAUCAAGCUUAUCAGAAAGUUGGUGCCCAGAACUGUUUAAAUCCACCACACUACUUCCUGGCCGAUAAUCCUGUGAUUUCAAAACUUGAAUUAUUGAGGGAAUAAGGUUAGUUGAAGUUGUGUUCUCGGAUACACAUCUAUCCCGUUUUAAGUUUGAAAUUCGAAUAUGAUCCGAAAAAUUUGAAAUUCUAAGCUCCUCCGAAUUUCUUGACUCAUCCUGUUUUUGUCUGAAGUUCUUUCCAUUAGAGUCGCCAGCCAUUGAACUAUUCCACAACUGUUGUUAGUGUUUUGGGAGUCUUUUUAAUUCUUCAGUAGCAGGGUUUAGUAGAUAGCAUGUUGAGCCAGAAUGUAAUGCACUAUAAAACAAAGCAAGCCUCUACAAGAACCCACAAUUCUAAAGGUUGGUUCCAUAGGAUCCAAUCAGCUUGGUCUAAACCAAAUAGGGACACUAUUAAGAUCAACGUAGAUGCUGCUUGCAACAUUGAGAGUUCAUCCAUUGCAGCUGUAGCUAGAGAUUGGAGAGGGGAAGUGGUGUUUGCUUGCUCUAAAAGAGUGAAUACCACACUCCCUCUCCAAGCAGAGGCUGAAGCUAUAAACUGGGCCCUCAACCUGGCAACAAACUUGGAUGUUGACUCCAUUUUCAUCGAGAGUGACUCAAAGUCCUUCAUUGAUGCGCUGAGAUUUCCUAACCGGGAUGUUCCGUGGAGAAUAAGAACUAUCUACUCUGAUGUUUUAGCCUUAAAAUUGAAUUUCUCUAAUUGUAGAUUCAGUUGGGUGGCUAGAGAAGCAAAUGUUGCUACUCAUGUUUUAGCCAAGUGGUUUUUGUCAAACAACUACUUUGACUCUUUUGAUGUGGGGUUGGGGCCUCCUUGUUUAGUUUCUAUUAUUGGAGCCGAGGCUCUCUCUGCCUAUGUAGUUUUGUUUCUUGCUUAAUAAAAUUUCUGGUUCAUAAAAAAAAGGGUUGGUUCUGUAGAAUGCUCAAAUA